CUUGAGCGCCACUUUGUCUCUCCAUUUCCAAUCCACGUCUUCACCCUCGUCUUGUCCGCCCAACCAGCAUGGUCUCGUCCUCAACGGGCACAACUUCAGCAGAGUCGCUCCUCAAAGUCUGCGCAGAGGUCGUCGCUGGCCUCAUUUCAGCACACGAGUCGCACUCGCCCGUCUCCCUCUCUGAGCUGCGAAAGAAGGCAUGUCGCAAGCACAAGCACAAGGGCGUCCCACGCCUCACAGACAUCAUCGCCUCCAUCCCUGAAGCAUACCGCCCUUUACUCCUCCCAGCACUUCGAGCAAAGCCAAUUCGCUCCGCCUCAGGCAUCGCAGUUGUAGCCGUGAUGUGCAAGCCACACCGCUGCCCACACAUAGCCAUGACGGGCAACGUGUGCGUCUACUGCCCAGGUGGGCCAGACUCGGACUUUGAGUAUUCGACGCAGAGCUACACGGGCUACGAGCCGACAUCCAUGCGAGCCAUUAGAGCACGAUACGACCCAUACGAGCAGAGCAGAGGCAGAGUCGCCCAGCUGCGUGAGCUUGGCCACUCGGUAGACAAGGUCGAGUACAUCAUCAUGGGAGGGACGUUCAUGUCGCUCAGUGAGGAGUACCGGAACAAGUUCAUUGCUCAGCUGCAUAACGCCUUGAGUGGACACACGGGAAUGGAUGUAGACGAGGCCGUCAGAUACUCAGAGCGCUCCCCUACCAAGUGCAUCGGUAUCACCAUCGAGACUCGCCCGGACUACUGCUUGCCACCGCACCUCUCUCAACUACUGAGAUACGGUUGUACCCGCCUGGAGAUCGGUGUGCAAUCCGUAUACGAGGAUGUGGCACGCGAUACCAAUCGAGGCCACACGGUCAAGGCCACCUGUGAAACUUUCGAGCUAGCAAAGGAGGCAGGCUACAAGGUCGUUACGCAUAUGAUGCCCGAUCUGCCCAACGUAGGCUACGAACGAGAUAUGGAGCAAUUCGUGGAGAUGUUCAGCAACCCGGCAUUCAGGCCUGACGGACUCAAGAUCUACCCGACACUCGUCAUCCGCGGUACAGGCCUGUACGAGCUCUGGCGCACGGGCAGAUACAAGAACUACUCGCCCUCCUUCCUCGUCGACCUUGUCGCUCGCAUCCUCGCACUCGUUCCACCCUGGACGAGAGUCUACCGCGUGCAGAGGGACAUCCCUAUGCCUCUGGUCUCGUCGGGCGUGGAGAACGGGAACCUUCGCGAGCUGGCAUUGCAGCGUAUGCGGGACUUUGGCCUGGAGUGCCGUGAUGUGAGGACGAGGGAGGUGGGGAUUCACGAGAUCCAUAACAAGGUGCUGCCCGAGGACGUCGAGCUCGUGCGCAGGGACUACGUGGCUAAUGGAGGUUGGGAAACCUUCCUGAGUUACGAGGAUCCGAAACGCGAUAUCCUCGUGGCAUUGCUCCGUCUCAGAAAGUGCAACGAUACCUCGACGUUCAGGGAAGAGCUUGUCAGGAGUAGCGAAGAAGAACAAGAGGCUGGCGUCGGGGCAGGACCUGGCGGAGCGAGUAUGGUGCGCGAGCUGCAUACAUAUGGGACUGCGGUGGGCAUUCACUCGAGGGACCCAACCAAGUUCCAGCAUCAAGGGUUUGGAACGUUGCUCAUGGAAGAGGCGGAACGAAUCAGCAGGGAAGAGCAUCAAUCGACGAAGCUGGCUGUCAUCUCUGGUGUGGGGACGAGGGACUUCUACCGCAGGCUGGGCUACGAGCUGGAUGGCGUUUACAUGAGCAAGGGUUUGCGCAGCGUGCAGAAGCUCAAGGGGCCAUCUACGCCGGAUGACGACGACGACGACGACGAUGACGAAUGGUGGUAGUGGGUCACGAUCCGUAGCAGAUAGAAUUCCCCGGCUCGCAAUGUACAACAUCGCCUCGUGUCCGUGAUGCCUCU